AUGAGGGUAUAUAGUGAGGGAUUCCACGCAAGCUUCAAUGUGUUACUUGUUCUGCAUCGCCAAAAGAAAACCAGCAAUGAGAGUAAUCCUUUUUGGGGAAAGACCGUCAACUGCCCUGCAACUGUCAUCCAGGAUGGCAUCACAUAUAAACCUGGACAGAAACUGCAUGUUCACCCUGGAAAUCCAGGAUCCCAAAUCGCAGUCAAAAUCCAAGCUGAGGUCAGACAGCAUGCUAAAGAUGCCGUAUUUGGUCAGCGCUCUUCAACUAUCAUCAAUGCUGCUAUCCGGGCCCAUGCCGAUCCGGAAGCUCCACCUGACAGCAGUCCGAACCCUGGAUACCUCAUCAGGGCGGCCAACCGUAUACGCCAGUUGGAUCGACCACAGGAUUCUUCUGACCUUCAAGAUGAGGUGUAUUUCUUGGAACGCCAUGCUCAGGGAUUUUUGCGCAAAGACUUAAUAGUGGACGACAAGCGACAUCUGAUAUUCUAUACAGAAAGACAGCUUCAACUAUUUGCUAAGGUGAAGACGUGGUAUAUGGAUGGGUCAUUUCGAUGCGUCAACAAUCCCUGGAAACAGCUUUUCUCCAUCCAUGGCUUCGUUAAGUCCGGUAGCCACAUAAAGCAGAUCCCCUUGGUGUUUGUCAUUAUGUCCGGAAAGAGGAAAGAAGACUACUACCAGCACCAUCUAAGAAAUCCAUCACUGAAGUGUCUUAAUGACAGCCAUCCGGACCAACAACGAUGUGGAGGGUUGGCACAACAGAUUGAAUACCAGUGUGGCCACCAGGAGACCCGUGCCAUUUUACCAUCUCAUUGCCGUCCUUUACAAAGAGGAAAUGGACAUCAAGCUACAGAUGAAGAUGGUGUCGGAGGGGAAAAUACAGCGAUAUCAACGAAAGAGGACCCGUCAAGUGGAGGGGCGGAUAUUAGAUCUUUGGCAACAAUUCUGUGA